AAAGUGAAACUGUUUCAACCUCAAACGUCAUUUAAAAGACGGAGGACAAAGAGGAUGCAGUAAAAAGGAAUUCAAUUGGAUAAAAGAACUGACUUGGCUGGUUUGGGAUAGAACCCACGUGUGGUCUGAACUGGUCAGAUGUGUUCCAGUCUCCUGAGAUAGAGGGCGCUGUUUAUAAAAUGAGUCUCUCAGAGGAACCAGACACCAAAGGAGGAACCCUCAGCACUAAGAGGAAGAGGGUCCAAGUAGAAACAGCAGGGUCACCUGUACCCACCUGUAAGUCUAUGAAGAGUGAUCAUUCAAUAGAACGUCCAUUCACAUUCAGAGGAGAGGUCACAGGUGACCAAAGGGUCCAGGUAGAAAGAGCAGGGUCACCUGUACCCAGCUGUCUGUCUAUGAAGAGUGAUCGUUCAAUGGAUUGUCAAAUCGCAUUCAGAGGAGAGGUCACAGGUGAUCAAAGGAUACCGCAGUCACUGCAGUCCUGCUCUUUAGAAGAGAACAGUUCAGAGAAAUUAUCUUUCACAAGACAGUGUCUCCUGCGCACUUUGAUGAAACUGAAGAAGGAUGAGAAGUUGAAACAGUUUCAGAGCCAUCUGAGUCAGGAUUGCCCAGAAUGCUUUAAGACUCUGUCUGAAGAUCCUUCUGUACUGCUUAAGUUUAUGAAGAUGAAGGAAUUGUUCAAAAGUCAUCGAAUUGAAGGUUACCCAGAAUGCACUGAGAGAGAGCAGAAGGAUCCUGAGGCCCGGUACAUAGUUGAGAAGUUGCUGGAGACCUGUGGCAGUGAGAGGUCUCUGAAGAUCACACUCCACAUCAUGAGGAACAUGAUGCAGAAGGAUCUCACUGACUCACUGGAGAGAGAUGAGCAGCGCAAUGAAUCCAUAAAAAUAGUCCAGAAGGCACUUAAAGCUCAUCUAAAGAGGAAGUUUGAAUGCAUAUUUGAUGGUUUAGCAAAGCAGAGCAACGCAACCCUCCUCAAUGAGAUCUAUACAGAGCUCUACAUCACAGAGGGGGGAAGUGGGGGGGUCAAUAAUGAACACGAGGUCAGACAGAUUGAGACAGCAUCCAAGAGACAAACCACACAGGAGACUGCAAUCCUCUGCAAUGACAUCUUUAAGCCUUCACCUGGACAAAAGAAACCCAUCAGAACUGUGCUUACAAAGGGCAUCGCUGGCAUUGGGAAAACUGUCUCUGUGCAGAAGUUCAUUCUGGACUGGGCAGAAGGAAAAGCCAAUCAGGACGUUAAUUUCAUCUUCACUCUUCCUUUCCGAGAUCUGAAUUUGAAGAAGGAAAGAGCAUUCAGUCUGAUGCAACUUCUGCAGCACUACUUUCCACAACUGAAAGAGAGCCAAAGUGUUGAAGGUGAUGAGGUCAAAGUGGUGUUUAUCUUUGAUGGUCUGGAUGAGUGUCGACUUCCUCUAGAUUUCCAAGGUAAUGAGAUCUGCUGUGAUAUAACAGAAUCAUCAUCAGUGGAUGUGCUGCUGACCAACCUCAUUAAGGGGAAUCUGCUUCCCUCUGCUCUCCUCUGGAUCACCUCCCGACCAGCAGCAGCCAAUCAGAUCCCUCCUGAGUGUGUCCACCGAGUGACAGAGGUACGCGGGUUCAAUGACCCACAGAAGGAGGGGUACUUCAGGAAGAGAAUCAAAGAUCAGAACCAGGCCAGCAGAAUUAUCUCACACAUAAAGUCAUCCAGGAGUCUCUACAUCAUGUGUCACAUACCAGUCUUCUGCUGGAUUUCUGCUACUGUUCUGGAGACAAUGUUGGGUAAAACAGAGAGUGGAGAUCUGCCCAAAACUCUGACUGAAAUGUACACACACUUCCUGCUCAUUCAGACUAAUGUGAAGAAUCAGAAGUAUCAUGGCACUGAUGAGACAGACUCAAAGAAGAUGUCAGCAUCAGAUACAGAAAUCAUCCUGAAACUGGGGCGGCUGGCUUUUCUACAGCUGGAAAACGGCAAUCUGAUAUUCUAUGAAGAGGACCUGAGAGAGAGUGGCAUUGAUGUCAGUGAAGCUUCAGUGUACUCUGGGGUGUGCACAGAGAUCUUUAAAGAGGAGUGUGGGUUGUAUCAGGAGAAGGUCUACUGCUUUGUGCAUCUGAGCAUUCAGGAGUAUCUGGCUGCCUUGUUUGUGUUUCAUUCAUGUGUAAAUGGGAACAGAAAUGUACUCAGAGCAGAAGAAUCAAAAUCUCACAGUGGCAGAGUGCAGCUGUCUGAGUUACACAGGACUGCAGUGGAUCAGGCCUUAAAGAGUAAGAAUGGACACCUGGACCUUUUCCUCAGAUUCCUUCUUGGCCUCUCUCUGGAGUCCAUUCAGAAGCUCUUAGGGGGACUACUGACACAGACAGGACGCAGAUCACCUGUACCAGACCUACAGACACAGACAGAAAGCAGAUCACAGAGCAUUAAUAAAACAGUCCAGUACAUUAAGGAGAGGAUCAGAGAGGAAUCUUCAGCAGAGAGGACCAUCAAUCUGUUCCACUGUCUCAGUGAACUGAAUGACAACUCCCUAGUGGAGGAAAUCCAAAAUUCCCUGAGAUCAGGAAAACUUUCUGAUAAAAAGCUGGAACCACACCAGUGUUCAGCUCUGGCCUUUGUGUUACUGAUGUCAGAGGAGAUCCUGGAUGAGUUUGACUUGAAAACCUACAACACAUCAGCAGCAGGUCAUCAGAGACUGGUACCAGUAGUCAGGAACUGCAGGAAGGCCACACUGAACAGCUGUAACCUCACAGAGAAGUCCUGCGAAAUUGUGGCCUCAGCUCUCCAGACAUCAAACUCAACCCUGAGAGAUCUGGACCUCAGCUACAAUUACCUGGGAGAUUCAGGAGUGAAGCUGCUCUGUGCUGGACUGAUGAGUCCAAACUGUAAACUACAGAGACUGGGGCUGGGAUGGUGUAGUCUCACAGAGGGCUGCUGUGAUGUUCUGGCCUCAGUCCUGCGUUCUCCUCACUCAGAGCUGAGAGAUCUGGAGCUCAGAGACAACGAGCUGCAGGAUUCAGGAGUGACAGCGCUCUCUGCUGGACUGGAGGACCCACACUGUAAACUGCAGAGACUGGGACUGAACAGCUGUGACCUCACAGAGGAGUCCUGCGAUAUUGUGGCCUCAGCUCUCCAGUCAUCAAACUCUGCCCUGAGAGAUCUGGACCUCAGCUACAAUAACCUGGGAGAUUCAGGAGUGAAGCUGCUCUGUGCUGGACUGAUGAGUCCAAACUCUAAACUACAGAGACUGGGGCUGGGUUGGUGUGAACUCACAGAGCGCUGCUGUGAUGUUCUGGCCUCAGUCCUGCGUUCUCCUCACUCAGAGCUGAGAGAUCUGGAGCUCAGAGACAAUGAGCUGCAGGAUUCAGGAGUGACAGCGCUCUCUGCUGGACUGGAGGACCCACACUGUAAACUGCAGAGACUGGGACUGAACAGCUGUAACCUCACAGAGGAGUCCUGCGAUAUUGUGGCCUCAGCUCUCCAGUCAUCAAACUCAACGCUGAGAGAUCUGGACCUCAGCUGCAAUAACCUGGAAGCUUCAAAAAUGAUGCUGUCCUAUGGAGUGAAGCUGCUCUGUGCUGGACUGAUGAGUCCAAACUGUAAACUAGAGAGACUGGGACUGAACUGCUGUAACCUCACAGAGAAGUCCUGCGAUAUUGUGGCCUCAGCUCUCCAGUCAUCAAACUCAACCCUGAGAGAUCUGGACCUCAGCUACAAUAACCUGAGAGAUUCAGGAGUGAAGCUGCUCUGUGCUGGACUGAUGAGUCCAAACUGUAAACUACAGAGACUGGGUGCAUUUCCCGCUCAGGCUCUCUCCCACAUCCAAACUGCCAUUCUGGAGGAGAGGAUAAAGCAGAUGGAGUAGGACACCCUUCAUCACCAGCUAGAGGACUCUCAUGCGGACCUUGAAUAUCAGCGGCUAGAGGCUCAGGCUAAGGAAGCUCAACGUCUUCAGGAGGAGGCUCUCCAGGCUAAAGAAUCUUUAACCAUACAACUGAAGCCGUCGCUUGAAGAAAGCAGAGAGUGACUGGGAGGUAGCCAAACGUGUCACCACCUUACUCACCGCUAACCCUGAAUCCGCCAGUCCAGAUGUUCCAUUACCUCCUGCUAG